GCGCGUCUGACAGAAAAAGGGGAGAGCCUGAGCAGCGAGCCUCGGAGCAGAGGGGCCGGCUAGGGGCGGCGGUGGACGCGAAGUUGAAUACAGUCUGCCGGGCCGCCGCGCGUGACGUAGCGCCGAGCAGGGCGUUAUCAGCUGCGGGGCGGGAGGAGAGGGACGCGCUGAGACCGCAGACCGCUCCGCCCGGGGCGGGACUGUUGCAGCCGCCUGCUGUGCGCGGGUCCCGAGUGCUUCUCGCCGCCGUGGCCGGGUGCGGGGAGGAAUGAGUCGGGGGCCGUAGCGCUCUUGCUCCUCCGUCCGGACGGCCCGGCUGCGGUGACGGGUGCUUGCCACGGGGUUGGGCCAUGAAGCCGAGUCCCGCCGGGACGGCGAGGGAGCUGGAGCCGCAAGCGCCGGCCCGGGGCGAGCAGCGCGCGGCUGAGCCCGAGGGGCGCUGGCGGGAGAAGGGCGAGGCGGACACGGAGCGGCAGCGCACCCGGGAGCGGCAGGAGGCCACGCUGGCCGGGCUGGCGGAGCUGGAGUACCUGCGCCAGCGCCAGGAGCUGCUGGUCCGGGGCGCCCUGCGCGGCGCCGGAGACGCGGGGGCCGCUGCUUCGCUCCGCGCCGGGGAACUACCAGGGGAGGCCGCGCAGCGCAGCCGCCUGGAGGAGAAGUUCUUGGAGGAGAACAUCUUGCUGCUGCGGAAACAAUUGAAUUGUUUGAGGAGGAGAGAUGCUGGCUUGCUGAACCAGUUGCAGGAACUCGACAAGCAGAUAAGUGACCUGAGAUUGGAUGUGGAAAAGACAUCUGAAGAGCACCUGGAGACAGACAGCCGGCCUAGCUCAGGUUUUUAUGAGUUGAGUGAUGGAACUUCAGGAUCCCUUUCCAAUUCCUCCAACUCAGUCUUCAGUGAGUGUUUAUCCAGUUGUCAUUCUAGCACCUGCUUUUGUAGCCCCUUGGAUGCAACCCUGACUAUCUCAGAUGGUUGCCUCAAAUCUGCAGAUAUCAUAGGAUGGUUGGAAUGUAAAGAAGGCCACUGUGAAGACCAGGCCUCAGGGGCAGUUUGCCGUUCCCUCUCUACACCACAAUUUAAUCCCCUUGAUGUCAUUGCAGAUGUGAAUCCCAAGUACCAGUGUGAUCUGGUGUCUAAAAAUGGGAAUGAUGUAUAUCGCUAUCCUAGUCCACUUCAUGCCGUGGCUGUGCAGAGUCCAAUGUUUCUUCUUUGUCUGACGGGCAAUCCUCUGAGGGAAGAGGAGAGGCUUGGUAACCAUGCCAGUGACACUUGCAUCAGAUCUGAGUUAGACUCCAGCAAAACAGACAGCUCCUUACCAUCUCCAAGCAGUUUGUGGUCUGCUUCCCAUCCUUCUUCCAGUAAGAAAAUGGAUGGCUACAUUCUGAGCCUCGUCCAGAAAAAAACCCACCCUGUAAGGACCAACAAACCAAGAACCACUGUGAACGCUGAUCCCCCUAAAGGGCUUCUGAGGAAUGGGAGCAUUUGUGUCAGGGUGACUGGUGGUGUCUCACAGGGCAGUAGUGUGAACCUUAAGAAUUCUAAACAGGCCUGUGUGCCCUCUGGUGGAAUACCCUCUUUGGACACUGGGACAUUCUCCCCACUGAAGCAGUGGUCAAAGGAAUCAAAGGCAGAACAACUGGAAAGCAAGAAGUUGCCCCUACCAGAGGGCUGCUUACCAGGCGCUGCCAAUGAACUUCAAAGUAAGCAUCUGCCCAAAAAUGUCAAACCAGCCUCCCAAGAACGUGCUCGGUGUCCCACUGCUGUGAGCGGGGAGUCCCCUAAAGAAAGCAGUCAGAUCUCAGCUGCCUCUCCAAAAGAGAGCCCUGGGCGAGUCUCUGUUCCCCCGCAAGAGAACAAAAUUGUCCAGCCACUGAAAAAGAUGUCACAGAAAAACAGCCUGCAGGUUGUUCUUCCCGCAGCUCCCCUUCCUGCUCCUCCUUCACUCCUGUCUGCAGCUCUCCCUGUGGAAGAGAGGCCUGCCUUGGAUUUCAAAAGCGAGGGCUCUUCUUCCCAAAGCCUAGAGGAAGGGCACCUGGUGAAAGCCCAGUUCAUCCCAGGGCAGCAGCCCAGCGUCAGGCUCCACCGGGCCAAUAAGAACGUGGGAAUCCCCAAAAACUCGACCCUGAAGCACAGAAUGCAGGCGCUUCAUGGGGUGGAAAACGGAUUGCCAACUCUGAGAGAGAAAACCCGCGUAGUGAGCAAGAAGUGUCGGUUCCCCGAUGAUUUGGAUACAAAUAAGAAACCCAAGAAAGCCUCUUCCAAAGGGAGGAGGAGCGGGAAUGCCCAGCCUGAGGCGGGUCUUCCCGGCAGGCCCCUGGGUGGCGGCCACAGGGCUGUGAACAAGCCCCGCGGCCACGGACGGGAUGCGGUUGUGGCCAAACCUAAGCAUAAGCGAACUGACUAUCGGCGGUGGAAGUCGUCGGCCGAGAUUUCCUAUGAAGAAGCCCUGAGAAGAGCCAGAAGAAAUCGCCGGGAAAACGUGGGUGUGUACACAACAUCAGUCCCUCUCCCCUAUGCGAGUCCUUAUGCCUAUGUAGCUAGUGACUCCGAGUAUUCUGCUGAGUGCGAGUCCCUGUUCCACUCCACCGUAGUGGACACCAGUGAGGACGAGCAGAGCAAUUACACCACAAACUGCUUUGGGGACAGCGAGUCAAGUGUGAGCGAGGGGGAGUUUGUGGGGGAGAGCACAACCACCAGUGACUCUGAAGAAAGUGGGGGAUUAAUUUGGUCGCAGUUUGUUCAGACUCUCCCUAUUCAAACGGUCGCAGCCCCAGACCUUCACAACAACCCCACAAAAACCUUCGUUAAAAUUAAGGCUUCACAUAACCUCAAGAAGAAAAUCCUCCGCUUUAGGUCCGGCUCUUUGAAACUGAUGACGACGGUUUGAGUCACAUCGUUGGUGUAGAAAGUCAUCAAAACGAAAGUUGUGUCUUAGUUUUUGUGUAGUACUUUCAGGGGAUGUUUUGCUUUUUUAAAGAUAAAAUCAAGGUAAAUUAUGUUUCAUCAUCAUGUAUGGACACUAGUGCCUUUUAUGGAAGGUAAAGAAGGUUAUGUUAGUUAGAAGUAAAUAUUAAGGUUUUAAUGGUGGUGAUGUUGAAUGAAUUUUCUGAUACCAGCUAAUUUCUGUUUUAAAUUUCCUUAGCGCUUGUCAAGUUACAGGUUUUGGUAUUUAUUUCAGGUCUCAUUGACCUUUUUGAUCUCAAGGUCAGGUGGAUGGAAUUUUAGGGUAUACUUUUGCCCCUUGAUUCUUGAGGACAGUGUCUUCACGAGGGUUUUCUUGAGGAGGGCGGUGGGGGGAUCAACUUAAAAUUGUGUGAAGUAGGUGCAUAGGACAGCCUUUGUUAUAAUGUUUUAUAUACUCUACAUUUCUUACAUAUUCCCCAUUCUUUUCUGUUUACUGUGCUCAGAACUUGUAAAGCAGACCUUAAAUCCAGAGAGAUGGUGACUUGCAUAGGAAUGCUGGUAACACUUUAAAAAGAAUUCACAAAAAAACUUUUGUCACACUUGGUGCCUAGGCCCUGGUUACACUAACCCCAUUCUAGGAUUAUUUACCCAACAUUUUGAUACUUUUCUUCCCUUCCCUAAUUUGCAGCUGAUCCAAUCAUUCCUCCCUCAGAUGACCUGCCUUUGGGAUAAUAUUUUGGCCCUGGGGUUCAGAGAAAUUGACUCCUAACAAAGCAACCCUUUUGAACCAAUCCAGAGUUGCUCAUUGAGCACUCUGCCACCUAAUCAUUGGCCCCAACAUUUUAGUGCAAUCCAGUCCAGAUUGGACCACUGACCCUGUCUGGAAGGGCUUAAAAAAAAUUUUUUUUUUUUUUUUGGUAAACAGUAUUGUGUAAAAUUGCUUUUUUAAAAAUGAUAUAAGCAUGUUUUGUGCAUGAGUAGUAGUUGUUUUGAAAUUCCUGUUGAAGUUAAAUUACUGUAUGAUAUAUAAGCAGUAUGUGUUUUUAUAUAUCAUUGUGUAAAUUUAAUAUAACACAUUAUAUGCUGUAAUAAACAAUUUGUUUUACUGCUAAGUUUGUUAUUUGGGUAUAAAACCAGAUGUUUACACCUAUAAAUUUUGUGCUGAUUAUUGGUGUUAUCUGUGAAAUUUAUAUUGGGUCUAUUCUAGCCUUAGAAUAUUAACUAUGUAUGUAUGUAUUAGAUUAAACCAUUUUGCUAGUUUUGUAGGUCAAAGACUGUCAGAUAUUGGCUAUCCUCCCUCCACCCCCACAUAUAAUCCUGUACCAUUUUAGAGUAAAUUACUGGCAUUGUGAACCUAAGCAUGCAUUUCCGAAGAACAAGGAGAUUCUCCCUAUAUAACCAAAAUAUCAUGAUGA